GCGCGGCUCAGUUUGUGAGUGAGUGAGAGUCACCGAGACGGACGCUGCCCGCACGGGAUGGAGCUGCCGCCGCUGACCGCGCUCGCCUUUUGCCUCGUCAUAUCCACGGACGGGUCGCAGGGAUUUACCGUCGAGCCGGAACAGGACGACUUAUAUGUCCCUAUCGGGGGAGACGCGGAGUUCACGGUGCGGCCGUCAAGUGCUAUCGAAAGCGGAAACUGGCUUUUCAAAGGGAUAACGAUCGUCUCGUGGGUCGGAACAUCCUCGUCGAUCCAUGUUGAUUACAGGUCACGGGUGGAUUUAAACUCCACCAGCGGGUCGCUGGUGCUGACGUCGGUGAACGUGAUGGACAACGGGGAUUACACAGUGUCACUCACUGAUGUUGGCGGCGUCCAAGCUUCAGCGACCAUCACACUGCAAGCACUCGAACCUGUCUCUCAGCCUGUGAUCACAUCCAAUGACACCCGCCCUGUAGAACACAAUGACACGGUGAUUUUAGAGUGCGUGGCCGUGGGCACGGAUGUCUCAUAUGCCUGGUCCAGGAACGGCCUAACGCUUAGCACGGGCGGCCGGCUGGUCUUGAGUAACGGCAACCGCACUCUCGCCAUCUCCGGCGUGCUCAGAUCGGACAAGGAGUUCACCUGCACUGGGUCGAACCCGGUCAACACAAACACCAGCGAUCCAUUCCUGCUGGACGUCAACUACGGACCGGAAAGUGUUCAGAUAUCCGUCAGCCCCGACCAGGCCGCUCACGCCUCUGGCACGGACGCCUCUCUCACCUGUUCUGCUGUUUCCAAUCCCGCCCCGGAAUAUCAAUGGCUCUUCAAUGGGCUGUUCCAACAAAGCGGGCAGCAAGUAGUCAUAGCGGCCCUUGGCGUCAAUGACACGGGAAGCUACACCUGCCAGGUGUUCAACAAUGUGACCAAAAGAUCAAGUUCCUCUUCGCGAAACAUCACCGUCCUCAGUAAGUAUUAA